AUGAACGUGGAGCAUGUAAGAACGAAUGAGUGGAACCAGCUUCUGCGUAGCACCGCUCUAGACGAGCAGAUCCUGGCUGUCCGGCGUGCCUGCGACCUAGCAGGCGACUCCAUCGCGGCCAACUUCUUCAAGCCAGAGCAGUUUGUCGGAGACAAACAGCUCACGAGGCUGCAGAGCCGAUGGGUGCUCGACUUCUGCCAGAAGGUGUUCUCGAAGGAUGCGGACGAGACGCAGCAGUUUCUCGACGUGGGCUGCGGGAUCGGGGACAUGACGAAAGACCUGCUUCUGCCUCUGUGUCUACCGUGCCGCCGCAUUGUCGGCGUCGACUUGUCUGGCGAGAUGGUCGAACACGCCGAGCGUCACUUCCGUCACGACAAACUCGCGUUCGCCCAGCUGGACAUCGCCAGCGAAGAGGACGUGACGCAGUUCGUUGACCAGUACGGACUCUUCGACCGAGUGUACUCCUUCAACUGUCUCGUCUGGGUUCGCGACCAAGCGAGGGCGCUGAAGAACAUUGCGAGGCUCCUUAAGCCUCGAGGCGAGUGCCUCCUGGUGUUCCACGCUUCUAUGCACGCGCUCGACGUCAACCGAAGCCUGGUCGAAAUGGAGCGUUGGGGCAAGUAA